AUGUCGGCUCGCUCUCUGUCAACAAUAACACCCGUGUGUUUCUGCAGAGGCGUCACUAAGGAGGCGACGGUGACUCAUCUGACAGGAGAGGUCCUUAUAUCUGAGGUAACCACAGUUCAGGACUUAAAGACAUUCUUCCUGUCUGAGUGGAUGUUUACUGUCCACGAGAAACUACAGCAGCUGAGGACUUCACACGAGGUCAAGACUUCGUGUUGUUAA